ACGCGGGGGACGGGCAAAGCGGCUGGCGGCGUCUGGUGGUCAGGAUGCGCCACCGUGUCGGCGACUUCGCCCUGAUCCGGGCGGGGGACUGGUUAGUCCGACCUCCGACGAGCACUCUGCCGCCGCAAGGAGGGUACAGGCUGUCAUGGGAUUCAAGAGUAUAAGUGGGAUGCAAAAGUUUGCUUUAUGAUAAGGCAGGUAAUCACAGAUUAUGGACUAUGACAGGCAUGUAGAAUGGUGGUCAGUUGGUCUUUCUAAAGAUUUUGCUUUCAAUGUAGACGUGACCACAAACCGUUGCAUUCUAGUAACUAUUUGCCUUGCUUGUGUUCGGUAAAGGUUGAGUAAGAGGCUUCUUCAAGUGUCAACAUACAAGACUUUACUGACAAACUGGCAAGCUCCUCCCAGCUCACUGUUCUUGAGAAGAAACUAAGUACACAUACCCACAUGCACUAGUUUGUUGGAAUAGCAAAAGGCUUCAGGUCUCCAUUAUUGCCUAUCUAGCUGUUCAUGAUAUCACAUAACAAUGUUUUAGAUGCUAUGCUAAUGAUUGCGUGGGUACCCAGUAACCAUAGUCCAUAACACCUGCGAUCUUUCUUUUUUGAAAAGAUGGCAGACGUCCUAGAAAUCUAUACCAAGAUGUAUUAAAAAAGACAUGUUUAAGGAGAUAAUGUUUACAUUUUAAACAGACCUGCAGUAUCUUGUGUUGAAUAAACCUACUCUCACUUCAUUUGUAUAUAAUACAGUCAUUUAGCCUUCUUUGCUCAAGUGGCAUCAGGCUUGACAGUCAAGAAGCUCUUAGUUUAUCUUCUCCCUUUGUGAAGGGGAAAAAGUGUGGGAAAAAGUGGUAAAUAAACUAAUGUCAGAUAACUUCGUCCCAGCUGCUCUUUUCAUACUUUAGUUUGUUAUUUGAUUGAUUUAUUGAUUGGAAACCAUAAAAAUCUCAUUACCAGUUAGUUUCUCAGUUUCCUAGACAAUGAUCAUCUGUUCUUUCAGACUGAACUGCGACCAGUUACUCAAGUUCUUCAGGAGAUGGUCCCAAUUACAUGGUUCCAAGCCAUGCAGAUAUGCUAUUAAAUACUGCUAUUUAUGGCUUUAAAUUGUACCAUGCCUGUUAAAUCUUCAGGUAGACAGAGCAUGUUAUCAGAGGAUCCUGUUACAGACAACUCACAUUUGAGAUAUUUCUGUAAGGUGGUUCUACAAAGAUGCCGCUCUGUCUGUAAUAUUGAUGAUAGUGAGCCAAGGUGUUGGCAACGGGCACAUCUGAUACUAGCGUUCAAGCUGCCAUAUGUUAGACGUCAUCAUUAUACACCAGCCACCAGGACUUCCAUUUCGGCGAUCAGCUUUCUUCCACUCCUGAAACAGUCAAUGCGCGUUCCGUUCUGACGGCUGGAGUCCGCAUCGAAUCAGUGAAUGCACUAAACCCACAAGCGAUGGAAUCUGCAAAGCAAUGUCAUGCACAUCUUGUUACUACAGCCUUCAAGCUAUGGAAUCUAUGAAAUUUCACGCGUUCCGUUCUUCAAAAAUACAGCCUUCAAGCUAUGGAAUAUAUGAGUGGAUCUCUGGGACGAUGACGAUGCACCUAACUAGUUACUAUCUCGGUCUAUGUUGAUUGCUGGUGAGUUACCACUGCUGCCAUCCGUCCACCACGGGCCACCGUCUCUCGUGGGGUUCAUGGGGACUUUUCCAUUGACAUCUUGCAGCCGCUGCUCUUUUUAGCUGGCCUGAACUGUCCGGCAGUCCCCUCCAAUUACAACUGCUUCGCACUCUGCUCGCCCGCUGACGAGGUUGGACGGGUGGUAGAUUGGUGGUGGCUCCGUGCGCUAUCAAUGCGGGUGGAUUUGAGUCCAGCCGGUGGGUGUGCGGAUGGACGCCUGCGAAAUCCAGGCGCCAGGAGCAGUGCUGCUGCCGAAAUCUGAGCUGCCGGCGGAGAAGAAUUAUGCUAAUGGCCACAGUGAUGGCGCGGUGAAGCGCAGGGUAGCCGCGAUGCCAGCAGCGGCCCCUACUACUCCACGGAGGCACCCGUCGCCUAAUGCUAGUCGGGCGUCGUCCCCGACGUCGGCUGGGUCACAGGCGAAGAGGUCUCAGUCCACCGAACGGCGGCCGGCGACUCCGUCGAGGCCAUCUUCUGGCGGGUCGCGGCCGACUACCCCGUCCAGGAUCUCUGCCCCGACGUCGCCAUCGUCUGCGCCUUCCAGCCCGUCGUCCUCAUCGUCCAGCUCGUCGACGCCGGUGCGUGAUGCCGUUUCAGAAACGCAAAGUGCUCCAAGGAAGUUGUCUGGUAGCCGGGCGCCUGAUGGGUUGUGGCCUUCAAUGCGGAGUCUGUCUUCUUCUUUCCAGCUCGAAUCAAAGGGGAAAAGGAUCACUAGCAGCUCUUCUGCAGAUCAGGCCAAGAUGAGGGAUGCAGCUCCAGCUGAUAGGAAGAGGAGUCCAUCGAGAGGGAGAGCUAACCCUGAGCAACCGGAGAAUCCACAUUCCAAGGUGAUUGAUCAGCAUCGCUGGCCUGCUAUGAUGGGGGGCAGGGUGUCUGCUAUCGCAAUGUCUAAGAGCAUGGAUCUGACAGAUAAGAUUAGUAGGUCUGCUUUUCCAUCAGUUCCAUCACGAGGGGUUUCACCAAAGAGAACAACACUGUCCUCUGCUGCAAAUGCAUUGUCAAGAAGUAAUGAUCUUGCUGAUAAAAUUGACCGCCUGGUCUCUUCGUCAGUGUCAUCACGAGGGGGUUCACCAAGAAGAUCAGCUGCUCUCAGUGAUGCAAAUGAUGUGUCCAAAAGCACCAGUGUUGGUAAAGAUCGCAAACCUGCAUCAGUGACUAUUUCAUCAAGAAGGGCGUCACCAAUAAGAACAGCUGCAUCAGAGAGCAUGGAUCUUACUGAAAAUGAUAACAGUACACUCUCCGCAUCAGGUUCAUCACCCAGCAUUUCACCAAGUGUGUCGGUAUCAAGUGUGUCUAAUGCUGCAUCGCAGACUACCACAAAAUCAUCCGAGAGACUAAAUGAACCCAUUACGAACCUGUCUUCAUCAAGAGGAUUUUCACCUAGAAGAACAAGUUCUGGUGGCAUUGGUACUCUAUCGAAAAGUGUUGAUUUCCCUGAGAAAGAUAGGAGACCAGCUUCAUCAAGAGGGACUUCACCAAGAAGGCGACUCGCUUCUGAUGGUGUUAAUGAUAUUGUGAGAAAUAUGGAUUUCGUUGAAAAGGACAGCAGAGUAGUCAGCUCGUCAAUUCCAUCUCGAGGGGUUUCUCCAAGGAGAAGACUUGCCUCUGAUGGUGUCGAUGCUAUAUUAAGGAGCACAGAUUUUUCUGGAAAGGAUAACAGACCAUCCACCUCAUCUUCUGCAUCACGCAGGAUUUCUCCACGAAGAAGGCUUGCUUCUGAUGGCAUCGGUGCUGUAACCAAAUGCAUGGACUUUGAUGAUAAUGCUAACAGACCAUUAACCUCUUCAGCGGCAUCAAGAGGGAUUUCAACAAGACCUCAAUUAGCCUCUGAUGGAGUUGCCACUGUAUCAAAACGCCCAGAUCUUGCUGAUAGACAUGACAGGCCAUCAACCUCAUAUGCAGCAUCACGUGGUAUGUCACCACGACGCAGGCUUGCAUCUGAUGCCAGCAACACCACUUCAGAAAGAAUCAACUUCACUGAAAAGGAUUCUGGAACUGUAUCCUCUUCAGUUGCACCUAGAGGGGUCUCAACAUUAAGACGGCUUUCCUCUCAUGGUGUUGAAACUAUAUCAAAGAGUAUCGAUGUUGUUGAGAAAGAUACCAGACCAACCACCUCCUCAGCUGCAAUACGAGGGUUUUCACCAAGAAGACGACUUGCCUCAGAUGGUGUCAAUGUGAUCUCAAAGAGCAUGGAUCUUGUUGAAAACAGUAACAAACCUGUCACCAUGUCAGCUGCAGCACGAGGGCUUUCACCAAGAAGACGGCUCGCCUCAGAUGGUGUCAAUCUGAUCUCAAAGAACAUGGACCUUUUUGAAAACAGUAACAAACCUUUCACCAUGUCAGCUGCAGCACGAGGGGUUUCACCAAGGGGACGGCUUGCCUCAGAUGGUGUCAAUGUGAUAUCAAAGAGCUUUGAUCUUGUAGAAAAUAGUAACAAACCCGUCACGGUGUCAGCUGCGGCACGAGGGGUUUCACCAAGAAGACGGCUCGCCUCUGACGGUAUAGAGUCUAUAUCAAAGAGCACCGACUUUUCUGAAAAAAGUAUCAGACCUUCAACCUCAUCAAUGGCAUCACGGGGGGUUUCGCCAAGAAAGCGGCUGACCUCUGAUGGUGUCAAUGCUAUAUUGAAGAGCACAGAAUUUGCUGAUACAAACUGUAGACCAUCUUCCUCAUCAGCUGCUUUACGAGGGGUUUCUCCCAGAAGCAGAUCUGCCUCUAAUGCCACAUCAACAGGCGUGAAUUUUGCUGAAAAAGACAGCACACCAUCCAGCUCAUCAAGUGCAUCAUGUCAGACUCCGCAAAACAGUAGGCUUCAAUCUGAUGGUGUUAAUACCCUAUCAAAAGAUGUGGAAAUCUCAUCAACUGUAUCUGACUGCACUUCAGACAGUAAACACCAUGAAACUGAUGCUCUAGUAAAAGGCAUAGAUGUCACUGAGAAAAUUACUGUGCCAAUUCAAGAUGGUGGUGAUGGCGAUGAUCCAGGAAGGAUGGAUUCUACUGACAUAGGUACAGGUGCAGUCUCGUCAUCCAUUGCAUCUCAGGAGAGAUCACCGAGCAGACCUGUUAUUGAUGACGUUAAGAAUACAUCAGAGAAUGUUGAUGCAGCUCAAAAGGGUACCAGAGCAAUCUCGGUGAAGAUUCCAUCUCGAGGUGCUUCUCCAAGAAGGCGACUUGCAUCCGAUUGCAUUGAUACUAUAUCUAAAAGCAUGGAUUUUACUGAGAAAGAUAAGAAACCUAUGACAGUUUCAGUUCCAUUACGUGGAAUGUCACCAAGAAGAACAGCGAGAUCUGACAGUGCUAAUGUAAUGUCAAAGAGUAUGGAUUUUUCUGAUAAAUGUAAUGGACAAAUAUCUUUGAUGGUUCCUUCACGAGUGGUUUGUACAAGAAGAGUGCUAGGACCUGAUGGUGCUAAUGCAAUGUCAAGAAGCAUGGAUCUAACAGAUAAAAUCAGACAGCAAAUUUCUUCAACUGUGCAAUCAUCCAGAGCUUCACCAAGGAAAAUGCCUCUUGCUUAUAAAAAAGUAAAAGUCCCUGAAGUUUUGUCAGGUGAUGUUGAGAGCCCUGCUUCUGUUGAUGGAAGUGAAAGUCAAGAGGAGAAUGCUAGUUCAAGUCCAGAUGCUCCUUCAAAUAAUUCAGAAAAAUUUACACCUCCAAAGCAGUUAGCUAGGACAUCGUCUUCACCUUCUCGUGUUCUAAUACGCCCUUCAUCACCAUCCAAUGCUUCAUCAAUAACAUCAUUUGCCUCUAGGAGAUUACCAAGCCCAUCGAGGACUAGGCCCUCAACACCUGUCUCACCAUGUAGUUCUGUCAGAUCUGAUUCGGCCUCUUCUAUUCUAAGCUACAUUGGUGAUGCUACACGAGGGAAGAAGAGCCCAGCACACUUGGAAGAUGCCCAUCAGUUGCGCCUCCUGCAUAAUAGGAACUUACAAUGGCGUUUUACCAAUGCUUAUGUUGAUGAAAUGCUAUCAAUUCAGAAAAUGAGUGCUGAGACUAUGCUAUACAGUGUGUGGGAUGCUAACUCAAGGAUGUGUGACUCUAUGGUUAUGAAAAGGAGCUAUGUACAAAGACUACGGCAAGAGGUCAAAUUGGGGAUAGUAUUGAAGGAGCAAAUGGAUUACCUCGACAGCUGGGCAGCACUGCAAACAGAGCAUUCUUCUUCUUUAUCCAGCGCAACUGCAGCUCUUAAAGCAAGCACAUUGCGUCUACCAGUUUCAGGAGGAGCUAAGGCCGAUGUACUUACUGUUAAGAAUGCUGUCAGUUCAGCAGUUGACAUCAUGCAAGCAAUGGGAUCAUCCAUUUGCCAUUUGCUAUCAAAGUUACAGGGUACACACACUCUGGUUGCAGAACUUUCAGCUGUUGCUGCUAAAGAAAGUACCUUACUUAAUGAGUACAGAGAACUCUUGGCAACAGCAGCAGCACUACAGGUUCAAGAGUCCAGCCUAAGGACACAGCUCAUACAACAAACAGAGUGAACAGGUUAAGGUCCUGUAUGUCUAACUAGGAAGAUAGAGGUAAACACCAUUCAUUAGUUUCAGUAACUGUACGGUGCAUAUGUGUAUCUUUGAUGUCAUUUUCCUUUUCCCCCCUUUCUUUUUUCACUUAUUAGCUAGCCCCAUAUUUCAUUCCUGCUCCCCCGUGUUCUUUUCUUUUUGUACAACUUACAUGGAAGAGAAGUGAAGCAACACGAAAUCAUGGAUUGACGAGGCUGCCAAUGUGGUCUUUAUGCAUGUCGAUGUGCAAAAAACUGAAAGCUUGUUGUAAUUUGUAAAGUUAGCUGUUAUCUGUCCUUCAAUGUAAUGUCUUUAGAUGUUCCUUAGAUUGACAUCAUCCUAGGAAUUAGAGACUUCAGUAAAAAAAACAGAUACUUACUACUGGUUCCCAAUCGAAGCAAGGGGGGCAACCACAACUUCUAACCUAGCAUUAUAGAGUAGUUGACAGGUUUAAGAUACUCACUUCAUUGCUAACACUUGUAAUUACUACAUGUCCUAUCAGGAGAAUGCUACAUUUUGUUCUUCUCUACUCAC